AGGGCUGAAGAAGCUCAUCCCGGUCUUGGGGGAGUGAUCUGCAUGUGUGUGCUCCGUGCUGGUGUGUAGGACUGGGCUGGAGUGUGACUUGUGUGGGAGUGAAGACAUAGGUGUUACUAGUGUGAGGACAUGUUGAGUAAAGGAGUUGGACCGGGGGGAGAAACCGCGUGAGAGCAGGGAUUGGGGUGUGCUGCCUCGUUGGGCGUCUGGAGGGGGUGUGUGAUCUGGGUGUGCAGUGUGGCUGCGUGUGCAUGUGAUGUGAGGGUUGUUUGUGCAUGUGUACAUCCAGAACUCAUCCCUCUCCCUCCCUAUUCCUUUCAGCCACCCUCCUUCCCUUCUUUCCCGGCCCCACCUCCUAUCCCCCACCCCCACCCAGCCUGAUGUGGCUGGCUCAUGAGCCCAUCCACAGCGGUGGUAGGAGUCUGGGAUCAGCUGCAGGAGGCAAGAGUCUGGGGCUGCGUGGCUUUCUUCCCUGGGGAGCCUGGAGCUUGGGGCCUUUCACAACCCUGAAAUAGAAAAUACAGCCCUCUUCCCUUUCGGGAAAGGGACAGAAAAUCCUCAAUUGGGGUGGGGGGGUAAGCAGAGAAAGAAGCAGGAGGGAUCUAGAGCUAGUCAGGAGUGGACUUCCUGUGCUAGGAGAGGCAUCUGCUGGAAUCUGAAAGUCCCCUCACCCAUUCUGUCUCCCAGUGCCCUACCCAUCCAAUGGGGCCUCUUUGGUCGUUUGCUCUCCUCCCCCAGGUUCUAGUGGUCCCCUUUCCCCGGGGGCUGAGCCCGGCUAAAGAGCCGGUGAUUUGGGGUCAGUAACUCUAGUCCUUCCAGGCAGGAGGGUUGGGAUGAGACAGAGAUGGCUGGAAGCCCCCAAUGGAUCUGAGUGGGCUAGAACAGGGCCUGGGGGAGAAUGGGCUGAUUUAGGUAAUGGUGGAAGGGGUAGAAGGAAGCACUGGAGGGACUGAUGGGGCCAUAGCGAUGUACACUGCAGCAUUUAGGACACACAGCCCCAGGUCUGGGAACGCUGGCCAGUCAUGGAAGGCUGAGAGAGGUUCAUUCAUUCAACAGACAUUUAUCAAGUGACUACUAUGUGCAGUUCACCAAGCUAGCUGCAGAGAGAAGGGGCAAUGGGAGAGGAGCCAGGAGAGCAUCCCCCUUCCAGGGCCUUCUUCAUAGGAAGUCAGAAGUGCACCCCACCCCCUCCCCAUGCGCCUGUCCCUGGGAGAAGGGAGGAUGAAGCAUUUCCCUUGGCAAGCAGGGCUAACUGGGGCAUCUGUCCUCUCUUUAGGACAGACAGAAGGACAGUGCUUCUCCUCGAGGUGAGGUGUUCUCCCGGAGUCGAGGGUAGGGGCCAUGGCUGGGCAGGGCUGGGUGGGGCUGAUUUGCUGGGCCCUCCUGGGUGCUCCCGUGGCCCCCCAGCCCAGCUCCCCAGUCCCUGGUGCUUUUCUUACCACCUUGGCCCCACGUCCUCAGAGCGAGGCUUCCAUGCUCUCUCUCAACCUGGGGCUCAACUUCAAGUUUCAUGUUCGGGGGCCCGGUUCUGCCUGGGGAGGACUUGCCACCGAGACCCAGCCUCGAAUCCAAGUUCUGGACCAGGAGCCUAAUGAACUGGGUGGUGGGCUGAGAACUGACCCGCUCCCUGAACUGUCAAUGAGUUCCCCAGAGUGGGGGUCUGCUGAGGGCAGCGCGGUUGCCAGCACCUCCACUCUGCCUUUGCAAUCUACCUCUCCGGAUCCUGGGCCCAGAGACGGGCUCCCUCUCCUGGGCACACUAUCCCUGGACCCCAUGUUCCAGGCCACAGCUCCUCCUCCCAGCACUCCAUGGCCCCACAAGAGUGAAGUGGAGCUGAAGUUUGACGUGGCGCUGAGAGCAGGGGCAGCACCCACUCUUGGGCAGAAGAUGCUGCCUUUGCUGCCUAGCCUUCGGGCCAGUCUCGCAGAGAUAGCAGGCAGACUGGGCCCCUUUGGCUUCUUUGGCACUACUCUGUCCUCCCAGCUGGAGCCUUUGGAGGCUAACCUCACAAACAGCACUGUGGGCCCAGGCUCCCCCCACAGUGAUGGUUCCAUCGGGACUGAACCGCCAGAUAUCACCCCCAUGCCCAGUGACCCUUCUCCGACCGGCCCGAGGAGCUCAUCGGCACAGCCAGAGUGUGGGGCGGAGGCGUGCGGCCCCCUGGACCUGCCCGAACCCGACGAUCCUCCUCCGGCGGCUCCGAUGCCCCCCUUUUUUCUGAACUUAGAGGCCGACUGGGCCUCUGCCCGAGCCCGCUGGGGGCUGGCCUGGGAGGCUCAUGUGUACGGGGUGGGUGCGCUCUUUGGGCUGGUGGCCUUGUUGGCUCUGCUGAGUCUGGCCCUCCUGCCCUGGCGCUGCCCCCCAGGAGCCCCUUGCCUGGCCCUGCUCAAUCUGCUCCUGCUUUCAGCGGGGGCCGCCCGGGCCUUUCCACUCUUCUAUGAUGCCUACGGGCACAGGGAGAGGCUGCCGGGCCUGGUCCGGCUACUCCUGCACGACUUGUCGCUGCCCUGCCUGACGGCCUGCCUGGGGCUGGCCUGCCUGCUGCUGGCGCGCCCCCGCCCGCCCCGAUGUCCCGGGGGCCUGGCCACCCUGCUUCUCUUGGUGCUGGGCCUUUCCGCCGGGGCCACUAUGGCGGGAGCCGUCUCCAGGCCGCUUCUUCCCCUCUUGCUAGCCUCCCGGGGCCUUGCUGCCCUCCUGGCAUCCCUCUUCUCGGGACUCUUGCUGGCUCUCUCCUGCCGGAGCAGCCGCCGGCGGGCGGGGGUCCCUCUGGGAGGUCCUGGGCUCAAGGGCCCGACGCCCAUCCCCCCAAUCCGGGGCCCCUUCGCCCUGCCCCAGUCGUGGCAGUGGGCAGCACGCACGGCACCCGUGGCAGGGGCCUUUGGGCUGCUGAGCGGGGGCCUCCAGGGGUACCUGGUGCUCUACACUCUGGGCUAUGGAGGUCAGCUUGGCCUGGCAGGGCCCUGGCCCUGGUGGGCUUUCCAGCUGGGCGUGCGGCUGGGCGAGGUCGGCGUGGCAUUGCCGUUGGCCUUGCUGGGGCUCUACCCGGCUCUCUACAGCCCCCGAAUCUCCCAGAGGUGCUGGGCCAAGCUGUUUCGCUUGUCCCCGGGUCACGGGGCCCCACUGCUGCCGUCGGGCUGGGGCCCCCGGCCCCAAGACAAGCUGCCCCCGGGAAGCACCAUGGAACAGGGCGAGGCUGAGCUCUUGCCUCUGUGUGCCCUGGCCGGGCCGGGUCCUGACCUUCUCCUCCCAGGGGGUGGCCACCUGGGCAUGGAGGGGGGGGCUGCCCACCUGGCCCCCUCGGCCGCUUCCUCCCGGGCACCGAGCGACUGCACCGUGGACUUCUGCCCCCCGUCCCCCAUCGACCUGCACCGCAGCAUUGCAGAAGCCCUCUGCAGCGAAGUCCUAAUCACCCCCAGCUUCUUCCAGGGUCCCGUCUUCAGGGAGACCCUGCCAGGACCCAGCCUCUCCGGCACUACCUCCAGUGAGGAGAGCUCAGGGACGGGGACAAAUGAGGCGAACGGGGGAGACCCAAGCUCCCCAGCCCCCGUGCUGCCCUCCCCGGGGGCCUGGCUGGUGGGCAGCAGCGCCUCCUCAGGCUCUCUGUACGGACUCUCCAGGGACAGCUCGUCCAUGCUGCUCUGCUCCAGCCCAGAGAAGCCGCCUCGGCCUCCGUUGGCAGGAAUCCGUAGCACCCCUCGCCCUUCGGGGAGCAGCUCGAGUCCCCCGGCCCCUGGGUGCUACAGGGCUCUGUCCCUGCCCUCCUGUACCUCUCCGGAAAGGCCAGAGCUGAGCAAGGACGAAGCCCUGCUCCAGGAGCAGUUCCUGGAUGCCUGCCGACAGAUUGACGAGCUCAGCGUCAGCAGCGAGACCAUCGACCUGUGAGCGGCUGGGCAGCGCCCUCACGCUCCUCUUCCUGCCCUGCCCCUCCAGGCACGGGCACUGCCCACGACCUGUACACUGUAACCUUCCCCUCAGCCCGCCUGGCUCCAGCACCCCUCCCCCCUGGUCUCUUCCCUCCCCUGGGGAUGAGUGGGUCGGGGCUGCUUCUUACUGCCGAUGGGGCCUCUCGGAGGAAGGCACCAGAAUGGCCUCUCCUCCGCAGCCCCGGGCGCCAAUGCCUCGUGCCAGUCCUGUGGGCGCUCCAAGCCUGGCAGAGUUCCACCCUCCUUGGAUUCACCAGCAAUACAGUUCCAAGGUGCUCCAUUCCUUUGGACAACCCUGGCGUCCCCCAGGGUGGUAAGCGUGGUGGGGUCGGGGGCUGCUCUCUCAGAACCCCGGUGUCCGUGUUUACCCCCACUUCUGCCUUCCUGGGAUCCAUAGCCUGUGUGUGUGGGUGACAUGGGUCCCACCUCCUUCCUGCCCUUCCUUCCGUCGGCCCUUCGGGGCCAGCAGGAGAGGGGCUACUUUUAGAGUUAAUUUAUCAAUAAAAUAUUUCUGA